GCGGCUACGGAGCCCCGCCCUCCACCCAGCCCCAGUCCUACGGGGGCGGAUACGGGGCCCCGCCCUCCUCCCAGCCGCAGUCCUACGGCGGCGGCGGCUACGGGGCCCCGCCCGCCGGCCAGCCCCAGUCCUACGGCGGCGGCGGAGGCUACGGUGCUCCGCCCGCGGGCCAGUCCUACGGCGCCCCGCCUCCCUCGUCGGCGCCCUACGGGGCCCCGCCCCCCGCGGCAGCGCCGUAUGGGGCCGCUGGCGGGUACGGGAGCCCGUUCGCCGCGCUCGUGCCGUCGGCGUUCCCGCCGGGGACGGACCCCAACGUGGUGGCGUGCUUCCAGGCCGCCGACCGCGACGGCAGCGGGACCAUCGACGACAAGGAGCUGCAGUCCGCGCUCUCCGGCUACAACCAGAGCUUUAGCCUCCGCACCGUCCACCUCCUCAUGUACCUCUUCACCAACACCAACGUCCGCAGGAUCGGGCCCAAGGAGUUUACUUCUGUUUUUUACAGUCUUCAGAAUUGGAGGUCCAUAUUCGAGAGGUUUGACCGUGACCGAAGUGGUAAAAUUGAUGCAUCGGAGCUGCGCGAUGCUCUUCUCAGUCUGGGUUAUUCAGUUUCUCCAACUGUGCUAGACUUGCUCGUGUCUAAAUUCGACAAGACUGGGGGCAUGAGCAAAGCAGUUGAAUAUGAUAACUUUAUUGAGUGUUGCCUUACAGUCAAGGGUCUGACUGAGAAGUUCAAGGAGAAGGACACAGCUUACUCCGGGUCUGCAACUUUCAGUUACGAGGCAUUCAUGUUGACUGUGCUCCCUUUCAUCAUUGCAUGAUGGCUCCACAGUUCAAUACAAAGACUGAGCUUUGAGUGUGUUGUUCCGACUUAUGUCGAAAUGUUUUUCCAACGGAGGUGUAGUUUGUUUGAAUUUGAGUGAUGUUGCUGCGUUCCUGAUAAGGUGAUACCCUGGAGAUUGGAAACUGGUGUAUGAUGGUAGGACCUGUGGACGGUUUGGAACUCUGAAAAUGCUGUCGCAUAUGCUUGAUCUCCUUCGCUGAAAGUUGUCGUUUUCAGUGAGAUUGGGUUUUGAUCA